UUGAAAUAAUACAAUCAAGUGAAAGAACCUUGCUAUGGUUUGCUUGGAAAUAUGUCUGGCCAUUCUUGGCCUGGCUGUGCUUAUAUACAAGUGGUCUACAGCAACACACAAUGCAUUCGAUGGUCGAGGAGUGUACUUUGAGAAGCCCCGUCCAUUUUUUGGAAAUAUGGGAGCAUCGAUUCUAUUCCGAACGUCGUUUCAAAAGCAACUCAGCAAGUUGUACAACCGCACCAAGCAGUACAAAAUUGUUGGGCUAUUUAGUUUCCGCACGCCCAUGAUCCAGCUGAAUGAUCCCGAAAUAAUCAAGAAGAUCUGCAUCAAAGACUUUGAUCACUUUCCCAACCAUCCCAGCUUUAUCCAGAGCAACGAGCGUCUCCUGAACGACAUGCUCAGCAUGAUGACAGAUCAGCGCUGGAAGCACAUGAGAAACACCUUGACGCCGGUCUUCACGGCGGCCAAGAUGCGCAGCAUGUUCGCCCUGAUGGACGACAGCUUUGGGGAGUGCCUCGAACACUUGUCCGGACUAUCGAAGGGUUCCAAAUCUGGAGAGGGCAUCGAGUUGGACAUGAAAGUGCUUUGCAACAAGCUAUCGAACGAUCUGAUAGCCACCACCGCCUUCGGUCUGAAGGUGAACUCAUUUGAGACCCCAGAUAAUGAGUUCUACCGGAUCGGUCAGUCGCUGACCUUCUCCAGGGGAUCGCAGCUGUUCAAGUUCAUGUUGUCCAUCAUCGUUCCGAAAGUGUUCCUUUUCUUCAAUCUCAAGAUCUUCAAUGGACAGAAAGUGGAAUACUUUGUACGGCUGGUGGUGGAUGCCAUGAAAUAUCGCGAAGAGCACAACAUCAACCGUCCGGACAUGAUCCAGCUGCUGAUGGAGUCUAAGAAGGAGAACGAGAACAACUGGACGGACGACGAGAUAGUGGCCCAGUGCUUCAUCUUCUUCUUCGCUGCCUUCGAAAACAACGCCAAUCUGAUAUGCACCACAUCCCUGGAGCUGCUCGAGAACCCCGACAUUCAGCAACGUCUCUACGAGGAGGUCAAGGAGAUCCAGGAAUCGCUGAAGGGUGGCUCCCUCACGUACGAUGCAGUGCAGAAGAUGAAGUACAUGGACAUGGUCAUCUCCGAGUCGCUACGCAAGUGGACGCUGGCCGCAGCGACUGACCGCCUUUGCUCGAAGGAUUACACCCUGACCGAUGAGGAUGGCACCAAGUUAUUCGACUUUAAAGUGGGUGAUCGCGUCAAUAUUCCGAUUGUCGGACUCCACUGGGAUGAUCAGUACUUCCCCGAGCCCCGAAAGUUCGAUCCAGAGCGGUUCAGCGAUGAACGGAAGAACGACUUAGUGCCUUAUACCUAUUUGCCCUUUGGAGUGGGUCCCCGAAACUGCAUAGGCAAUCGAUAUGCUUUGAUGCAGGUCAAGGGCAUGUUGUACAACCUCCUGAUCAGGUACAAGAUCGAGAGAUCGCCCAAGACCGUCAAAGAUCUGUGGGAGGAGGCUCGCGGAUUCAACCUUGCCCCCAAGGCCGGCUACUGGAUGCGCCUGGUGCCUCGCAAGCAAAUUAAUUGAAAAUAGUCGAUAAAGGAUCAAAUAAACGUAAAUAAAUAUGUAUUUGUUGAAUUGAAUUUGAAUUAUAUACAUAUAUAUGUAUGUAUGUACAUAAGAGUGCCCUCUCGAGUGGGCGGAAAGUACCAAACAAUGCAUAGCGUUGUAUAUAUAAAUAUAUAUAUUCCAGAUCGGCAUCAGUAAUGUCUGUCUGUCUGACCGCACAUCCAAAUCUGAUAAAGCGAAUAUUUAUAGCGAACAGCCAUACAAAAAGAUAAA